AUGACUAAUAAUGGAAAGGGAAAAGUACCAGAUACCCCUCAACCACAACCAAAAAAGAUUUUGCCACGUCCUCCUAUCAAUAAUAGUAGACCAAAUGGGGAAAAUUCUUUCAACGCAAGCAUUCAUGCACUGAACGAUUGGGUAGAUGAAUCAGAAUACCUCCACCCAAAUUCUAAAGGUUACGCCAAACCCAUUAACGAUAUCAAUGACCACGAACAAUCUGAUAGAAUGGACCUUCUAAUGACUAAACUAGACGUAGUCUCAACACAAUUAGCUGCCAUCAUCAAUGCUCAACCUACAGGUGAAAAUAUGGAAGAAGAAGACUACAUUGUACGACCUGAUAUAGAUAUAUCUGAAUCUGUAAUUACUACCCAAAAAAUCGAUUUUAAAACCCUCCAAGAUGAAAAUCUACACCUUAAACACAACCUGCAAGCAAAUGUCGAUAAACUGAAUGAGGCCUUUAAAGUAGUAGACAUGAUGCAACACCUAAUGAUCAAUGCAGGACAACUACAUGAUAGUCGUCGUAUUCUGGUUGUCAUGUUAGAAAAACCUAAAGAUUUUUAUGAUGUAGAAGAGGAAUUCCCACCCCAACAAUCCCAAUUUUAA